AUGAAUGUCGAGCGCGAGGGGGUCAAAACCAAGGCGGUCAGCUUGCCAGAAUUACAGGAUUUGAACUUAACAGGUUCCUCCAAAACAAUUUUCCACAUCCUCGAGAAAAUCCAUGGAUUGGCUUCAGAAGAUGUGAUAACCAAUGGUGUUAUCCAGAUAAGAAAACGGCUGUCUAUACCAACUGGAUACCUGGCCAACCCGAUAAUUACGAAGGAAAUGAAAAUUGUGCUGAGUUUUUUCCCAACGGACGAUGGAAUGACCGUCCAUGCUAUGAUAGCAGACCUUUCUUCUGUGAAACAGAUUUCAACGAAUGUGCGUCGGCAACUAAAUGCCAUUCUCAAGCAAAAUGCAUCAACAAUGUUGGCUCAUACUCAUGUGUUUGUAAUAAUGGAUUUACAGGGGAUGGAAUUACGAGAUGCAACGAUGAAUGUAAGUCCUCGGCUGCUCAACGGUGCCAUUCUAAAGCAGAAUGUAGGAACACUGUUGGCUCAUACAACUGUGUUUGUAAAAAAGGAUUUGAAGGGGACGGAAUUAACACUUGCAAAGAACGACUCAAAGAGUUGCGUAUAUUGGAAACCAGAAUUACACGAUAACUUGUGGAAAUCGGAUGGAUGUAAAAGAGUUGAUUCAUUAGAUAACGACUUGAUAUGCGAAUGUGACCAUCUCACGGCCUUCGCCACUAUGGACACUUGGGAAAGAGUUUUGUUAAGUAAAACUGAACAGAAAAGCUUGGAAAUUAUAUCCACGAUUGGUUGUUCCUUAUCACUUGUUGGUGUAAUUUUGACUAUAUUGGCACACGCAGUGCUGUGGAAGAGACUUCAUAAAAUAGCCGACAGCAAAGUUCCCUCUAAAGUGUUGAUGAAUCUAUGUGCUGCUAUUGGAAUGACGGAUAUCUUUGCUGUUCUUGCCGGACCUGCACGCAAAAAUGAGGUUUUGAAUAAGCACUUUCCAUCGCAUUAA